UGCAAUAACAGGAAUGGGAGCAUGUCAGAUAGUAAAUAAGAAAGGGCUCAAAUAAAAAAACACAGAGAGAAGGCUGGGGGAAGAAGAUGUGUAAACUUUGGGAGACUACCGAAAAACAAAUUAAAGAAGAGUACUAAAAUUAGAAGACCUUAAACAACCCAAGCCUACCCUUGUUUCCUUCUCGCCUCUUGCCUGUACGUUUUAGACCAUAGGUUCUUUGGAGCAGGGAUCUGUCUAGGGCCCAUAGCACUUUGGGGGGAAACAAUAUAACUGAUUAAAAAAUGAAAAGAAAAGCUACCAGAGUAAACAGAAUAGUCUGAUUUCCUUUGUCUCCUGCAUGUUACUGACACUGGACAUCGGAUUCUCUCUCAAAACAGACAAAGAAGCAGAUGCUAUGUUCUAAGGCUGGGCACUGAACAGAUGCUCUGUCCACGUGCUCACUGCAACCACACCCACCUACUGGAACCAAACUGCUUACCAUGCCAAAGGAUUUUCUGUGGCUGUGUAGGAAGGGUUGGAUUUGCCCCAAAGUAUGGAGAGGUUCUACCAGCAUAUGGAUGACAGUGUUUCAGCAAAGGACAAUAGUCCUAUAUUUAUUACUAGCUAUUCCUAUGACUGUUGAAAUGGAAGGGUCAUGGGCCGUAACUCAAUGAGCCAUUAAACAGAUGACAGUUGUCUUGAUAAAGUUCAGAAGAUAUAAUUAGCACAGUAAUGAACUGGAUAAUUACUGCCACAUGUGCUCCUCAAAAUAUCAAAUGAUUUUUUUAGGUGAAUGAAAAGCUCAUAUUUUUCUUUAAAAAGACAUUAUUUUCCUGAAAACCAUUUCAAAGACUAAACCUCAACUUGCUGUGAAAGGCGUUAUAAUAUAGAUGCUUGAAAUACUUGAAUUGGGUAUAAUGAAAAAAAACAAAGAAACCCCCACCAACAUCACACACCACUAUUUGCAAAACAACUCUUAACAACACAGCAAUGAAUUCAGAGUUAGGGUUCCUUGGUAUUCCAUUAGGGCCCUGUACCAUAGAAUUCAAUGGGCUUUUUUCCAUGCACACCAUGCAAAGCCAACUAGCUGCUUCUCCAUCUAGGAGCCGGACAUGCCAGCUGCUUCCGAGAGUAGCACGGAGCCAGAGCAGGCAGGCAGCCUGCCUUAGCCUUGCUGCACCACCGAGCAGGAGCCGCCUGAGUAUGAUGAAUCCAGCAAUAUUGCCAAACAUUUCAUCACCUUUGAGAGACUGUGCACCCUCCAUGUAAUCCCUGAAGAUCAAAAGAUGAUCACACUGACUGGCAGAGCUCUGGACAUAUUCAAUAAGAUGCCUAUUGAUGCUUCAAACUAUGGUAAAUUUAAGGAACUGGUUUUGAAACAGUUUCAGGUUACCCCUGAAACCUACAGGGUUAAAUUCAGGAGUUUUAAGAGGGGAUCUGGAUUGAGUAAUGUGGCUUAUGUAAAUGAAAUGAGAAAUUUGAUAGAUAAGUGGGUGAGGGGGAAAGGCAUUACAAGCUUUGAAGGAAUGUGUGAUUUGGUUACUCAGGAACAAUUCCUGAAUAUGUGCAGUGAUGAUGUAAAACAGUAUUUGUGGGACAAAAAGGUAAAUGCAGUGGGUGAAUUAGCUGGGUUUGCAGACUCUUCUGAGCAAGCACAAGCUGCAAUUAAACAUAAACCAUUAGCAGAGGGGUACAGGGUUGGGCGAAAACAAAAUCAUCAUUUUACCCCUGGGGGAAAAGGAGCUGGGCGUUCACCUCCCCAUUCCCCUGUUACUUGUCCCAAAUUUCCUGUUCAAGCAGAGGAGCCUAAGAGGUAUCAUUGUAAGUCCACUGAGCACCUGAGGAAUAAGUGUCCCUUGCUGAGUGGAAACAGGCAGCAAGUAACACAUGAAGCUGCUACUUCUCAGAGCCAGGCUGCGGCCUCUUUCCACACAGGAUUUGUAAAGCUUGCUUCUGCACCACCAAGCAGUGAGCAUAUGCAUGCCAUUAAACUGAAUGGCGAAUUACUCGUUGGAUUGAGAGAUCCGGGGGCUGAAAUUUCUGUGGUCAGGAGGGACCUGAUCCAGGAGAAGGAUUUGUUGCCAGGGAAAAUGGCAGAAUUAGAACUGGUGGGAGGUUACAAAGUCCUUGCACCUUUAGCUAAAGUACAAAUGCAAACUAGUCCUUUGCAGGCUGAGCUGACUGUUGCAACAGUGGCACACAACUUUGCACCUUUUCUACUAGGGAAUGAUUUUUUUAAUGUGGCAGAAUCUGUGCCAAGGUUGGUUAGCAGUGAGAAGGGAUCUUGUGCUAAAAGUCCCGGAGGGGAGGGUGAAGUCACAUGGACUGCUGGGGGAACAGAAAGGUGUCUCUUACAGCAGCAAAGAAUGCAGCUCCGGGGGCAGGGAUGGUUGUAGCCAGUUCCUGUAGCCCACAGCUGGACCAGGGUCACCUUCCCUUUUGGGGGACACAGGAGUGUCUGACUCAGAGAGGGAAGCCCAGAUGGAAGGUGAGGGCAGGGUGGAGAGUCCGCCCACCUUUUGUAGGGAGGAUCUUUCCCAGGAGGAGGGUGAAGAAUCUGCAUUUAAAAUGCCAGAUCCCUCUCCUGAGAAUCAGGGUUUAAGGAGAAAGUGGGGGUCAUAUCUACUGGAAGGGGGCACCCCCCCCAACUAAAAGAAAGAGGGGUAUCCAAGGGGAUCUUACCAAUCCAAAGCACCCCAUUGAAAGAUGUUCUUGCUAUGCUUGUAAGAGAUAAAACUGUCUCUUCAAGGCAGGAGGAAAAAAUCUCUGCAUGGGUGAAGCUUCACAUGGGAGUGGGUUCCAGCCCAGAGAAAUUCCAGAGGGAGGGGCCAAGGGCAGGCAUGGUUGCAGUACACCCUUUCCUUGCCAAAGCCUCAAACACAUGCCUGAAUUAAAAGCCUUCUCCAAAGAGGCAGAAGAAUCUGCAUCAGAGUGCCUACCAGGGGAUACAAAGAAAUGGGAAAAUGCAGUAGACACAAGCUAAAUCACGUGAACAAAGCCUGUCCACCGUAGAUUUGCUGUUAAUCUUGUGUCUUUUGCUAAUUCAUAUAUGGGUUAAAACAAAGGUGUUAAUGCUAGUGGUAAACCCUUUAAAGGUGUGGGACAUACCUGAUUUGUGGAAGAAAUUGUUGUACAUGCUAGGGAUGGUGACAAGACAGUCCCGCAAGCAUGUUACCCUGCAGCUUAGCUCUGUAAACAGGCUGGAAGCUUGGCACAGCAGCAAAAGCAUAACAGGCCCAUGCUGCUGUGUAGAAGGGGAAACUGAGGCACACCACCUCAUGGCAUUGGUGGCUAAAUGCCAAGACACCUGCACUUUAACAGAUAUUGUUGUUAUUCCAGACCCAACUGACUAAUCGGAGGGAAUUCUACACGGGGGGGGGGGGAGGGGUAUCCACCCACAAGAGAAACUCUAUUUAAACCCCUGGGAGACCCCACCAUUUUGUCUUCAGCUGGCUCAAGAGAUAGCCUCAUCAUCCCCAAGGAUGCCUGAGAGAAACUGGAACAAAGGACAGUAACUAUGGAGCAGGGGGGAAGUGAUUGCUGGACCCAGACUAGAAGGAGACUAGUCUGUAAAAGGAAGCUUGCUGGAACACCUCUGAGGGUGAGGCUUUAUCUGUAUUCAGUUUUCUUACUGUAUUAGGCUUAGACUUCCAUGUUUUAUUAUGGGGGGAGGAGUAGCUCAGUGCUUUGAGCAUUGACCUGCUAAACCCAGGGUUGUGAGUUCAAUCCUUGAGGGGGCCAUUUAGGGAUCUGGGGCAAAAAUCUGUCUGGGGAUUGGUCCUGCUUUGAGCAGGGGGUUGGACUAGAUGACCUCCUGGGGUCCCUGCCAACCCUGAUAUUCUAUGAUUUCAUUUUGUUCUGUCUGUUACUACUUGGAACCACUUAAAUCCUACUUUCUGUAUUUAAUAAAAUCACUUUUUACUUAUUAAUUAA